AUUAGCGGUACUCUGCUUUGCUAAAGCAAUUGUCAAACAUGCGUUAUAUUCGUAAUUUUUGUGCUACAAGUAUAAAGAAGUCGCAUUGCUUGAAAAUGGAAGCACCGAAAAUAAAACAACAAACUCAACCAAAGCAAUUUGAAAUUCUCGUGGAUUUCAUGAAGGCGCAUCCCGAUUUUUCGAAAGGAUCACUAAAAACACCAGACGCCAAAAAUACCUCCAAUAAUUUAUGGAAAAAUUUAGUUUCCCAUUUAAACGCAGCUGGGCCACCAUUGCGCGACAUUGCGGGGUGGAAAAAGGUAAUUCCAAUAAUUGCACAGAUAAAUUAUAAAUGUGAUUAAAUGUAAUCAA